AUGAUGUUAAAAUCACUGCAGCAAAAGGAGUCCUGGGGUCUCCGGUGGCGUUCAUCUGUCUAUUUUAUUGUUGCCACGAUGGCAGUUGCCCUUCUCACUGACAUGUAUCUAUAUGGAUUUUUGAUACCACUUCUUCCCUACAUAUUGGAGCAUCGUCUGGGCCUCGAUGAAUCUCUAAUUCAGCGCCUCAGCACCGCUUUGUUGUCUGAAAGUGCAUUGAUCAUGUUCGUUGCAAGUCCUUUGAUUGGUUCGCAUGCCGAUCGCUCAGGUGCAAAACGUGCGUGGCUCCUAGCUGGGCUUGCAGGUGCCUUGUUGGGAUCCUUGGUCAUUGCUCUGGCAACUUCUGUCUUUAUAUUGUUCGCCGGAAGACUGAUUCAGUCCCUCGCUAGUUCAUCUCUGUGGGUUGUAGGGUUUGCAACACUUGCGGAUCAGGUCCCUGUCAAGGACAUUGGCAAGAUGUAUGGAUUCGUGACCGUUGCCAUUGCUGUGGGCACAUCGGGGGGUCCAGUUGUCGCCGGGGUCUUGUUUGACCUUGGCGGAUACUGGGUGGCUUGGUCCAGUGUACUUUUCAUCGUCUUGUUCGAUGUGGUGAUGCGGUGUCUGAUGAUAGAAGGCCUGCCAAUCAAUGAGCCCGCCCAGAGAAACUCGGAUGAGGAAGAGCCAGAAAGAGAGGUCCUAUUGCCACUACCAGAAGCCAGCGGCGAAGAACGCCCGGUCGCUGGAGCAGAAAAGACAGGCCUCCGCUUCUAUUGGUGUUUAUUUAGCAAUGGCCGCUUCGUCGGAGGAAUGGUUAGUUAUUUGUGUUUUGCAAUCCUAACGGCCAGUUUCGACGCGACACUGCCCCUUCAUGUGCGCAGCACCUUUCAAUGGGGAUCCAUGCCGUCGGGACUUUUGUUCGCAGUUCUUCAGGGCCCGGGUGUGUUUUUUAGCGUGCCCAUCGGCUGGCUGAAGGAUCGAGUGGGUACGCGACACCCGACCACGAUUGGCUUUGCGCUUCUGAUACCUUUGCUGUGGGCGAUCGGGAUCCCGGGGGACGAACGAUUUCCCUGGGCAAGUGCAGGGAGAAUCGGUCCGGUCAUGUAUAGUGCCGCAGUCUGCGGUGCGGGUAUUGUGAUUUGUCUCCUGAAUGGAGUGGGAACGAUGGAAGCCACUCAAGCUGUGGAUGAGAUUCAAAGCAAUAGCCCCGGGAUCUUUGGACCGAAUGGUGGGUAUUCCCGGGCGAUUUCGCUAGUGAGUAUGAGCUGGACCGCGGGGAUGUUCAUUGGACCCAUUUUGUCGGGAUAUGGCGUGGAGCAAAUCGGAUAUUAUGGAAUGAACUGUAUUCUGGCGGGGAUGUGUGGACUUUGUGCCUUUGUCGCGUUCUGGAAUUUGAGGUCGUCCGUGCCUCAACGGUCUAUUAGUGCUUGA